UCAAAAAUGGCGUUCUGUACAGCUGUGGGUUGCGCAAUUUUAUUGUAAAAUGUGCAUGAAAUUUACACGGAAUACUAAGUUUUAAGUGCAAAAAUUAUUCUAGAUAGUGGACAUGUUAUUUUUACUCAGUUUAUAGUUUAAAUUUCCCGUAGUGUAUUGUUAUAUUUAACAUAGUGCGAAUCUGUCGUGGACCGUGUAUUUUUUGUGUUGUGGUGAUGUAUGAAAAUGAUAAAUAAUGAAACGGAAAAUAACACGGCUGUGUAAAUAAUGUAUCUAUAAUGGGCUUGUUAUGGGUAGUGUUUUUCGUGGCCUUGACUGGCUCACAUUUUGGAUAUGGAUUACCAAUUGGACCAACGCCGCAAACCUACCCUUACGAUGGAAGCGAAUCGUCAGCGCCCUUGGGCUGGGGCGGGCCGGGCGGCGCAUACGCGGCGGUGCCGGCGCUGGCGCUGCUGAUCGCCGCGGUCGGCCUGCUGCUCGGCUGCACUUGGUGCUACAGGCAUAAGGACUGCAAGCCAAACCAAGGAGAGGACAAUCAGUUGUUCACGGGGACUGUCACUCACCACCUCCAUGAAGUCCGGCGCUCCAACCCGCCCGACUCGGGUUUCUCGGAGCCUGUCAACAACAACAUCAGCGAGGACAACAACAAUGGCCCAAUCUCGCUGCGGGAGAUGCAGAACAUCGCGAACAACAACGCGACAGCGUACAUCGCCAGCGAGAACGAGGAGCGGAACAGAAUUAGUCGAGAGUCUGUUGUUGAGUUCGAACCGCUGCCGACGGGGAUACGAGUGGCGGACCCUCUGGAGCCUUAUGCGGACUGGUUCGGUGGAGAAGAUUUCUCUAGAAACCGAUUGCAGUACCUAAGGGAAAUAGGGCGAGGAUGGUUUGGCAGGGUAGUAGAAGGCGAGAUAGAAGACAAUGGUUCGACGAGUACAGUCGCGGUCAAAAUACUCAACCAGAACGCGUCCUUAGAGGACAAGGCGCGGUUCCUGGAAGAGGCGCGAGUGUACCGCGACGUAAGCCACGAGAACAUACUCGCGUUCGUCGACAAGUGCUUGCAGGAGGACCCCUGGAUACUGAUAUUCGAGUUCUGUUCUAUGGAUCUGCAACAGUAUCUGAUAGUGAACCGGCACAAGAUGGCGUCGCUGAACGAGGGCGGCGUCCCGCUCCGGCUCAUGUGCGACGUGGCCUCUGCGCUCGCGCAUCUCCACUCCAGAGGACACCUAUACGGCACCAUCUGGAGCGGGUCUGUGCUAGUGCGCGGCGAGGGCGAGGCCGCGCGCGCCGUGCUGGGCCGCUACGCGCCCGCGCCGCCGCCGCCCGACCUGCAGCCGCCUGAAGCCAGCCGCCCGGCUUUUGUGCACACGACAAGCAGUGACGUGUGGUCGCUGGGCACGCUGGUGUGGCAAGUAUGCUCUUGGGGCAUGGCGCCGCCGCACCACCCGCCGCCGCUGCCCGACCUGCCUUGCCCCUACCGCGCUCACUUAUACCAAGUGAUGCAGCUGUGUUGGAACCCGUCGGCCGACGCGCGGCCCUCAGCGAGCCAAGUGCAGCUAUUACUUCAGCACCUACACAGCACGCACGCGCGGCCCCAGGGCGCGCCCGGCGCCUUCGAGGAGCGCUGGCAGCGCCUCAAGCCCAACCACAUCCCAGUUGUGGACCAGCACCGCGCCCAAGUGCACGUGCCCACUAGAGACGCCCCCGCGCCCGUGUCCCGCUCCAGCUCCAUCAUGUCCGACCGCGACCCCCUCGCCGCCCAGAUCAAGUCCGAGAGCCUCACCAACCUCCACGGCUCGCUCGAGGACGUCCGCAACAUCUACCUCACGCACAACGAGACGCCGCUGCUCGAGUGCCACCAGGGCAACGUGAGCCUCGACGACGACCAUGACCAUGACCGCGACCACGACCGCUCCGACAGCUCCAUGGACCCCUGGCUGAAGGACAUCGUCGCCGGCAGCCAGGACGACGUCAGCUACUACCGCGACGUCAGCGACGUCAUCAAGAAUCUCGACAACAUCCUCAACUCGGAGAAGACGUCGAGCUCCGAGUCCAGCCACCAGGCGAGCCCGUCGCGCGACAACCUCAGCCUCGACUGUAAAAAGGAUUACCCGAUGCAGUCGAGCAUGGUCAAGUCGCCCGGCAUCAGCAACUUCCAGAACAUUCUCGAGGCCGGCCUCGCGGCCGACGAGCCCGCCAAGGAACCCUGUGAGGACGACGACGCCGACCGUGACACCAUCGGCACCCUCAGCCACUCGUUCGAGCGCCACAGCGACACGCUGAGCCAGCAGACCCUCGAAAACGUAACCCCCGAAACGCCCAUAAAAGAUUUAGAUGUAGUGUGUAGGGUCGAUGAUCGAAUCGAAAUCCUGCCGAGAGAUGAUUUAGAAAAUGUAAGUGAUAAAAUAAUAGACGAAACGAAACGACCCCCGCCCGAUGAUGUUGAUUUGCCAAAUGAAAAUAAAUUAGUGAGUAGUGAUAGUAAAAUACCCGAGUUGAAGGAACUGUGCGUAGCCUCAAUAUCUAGUGUAAGUGAAAAGAACAUUGAAUUACCGAAUGGAACACAAGACUGUUUAAGAUCGUGUGAUAAUAAUUUAGCGGAAGAAAGGACUGAUAAUGAAAUCGAAACUAAGUCAAUAGAUGAUGUAGAGAAAUGUAACACUGAUUCUACGUCUGUAGAGAAAACGAUUGAAUCUGAUGCAAUAUUGAAGUUUGAAGAAGUAGAAAUAGAUAAUGUAGAUGUUGUCUUGCCAAAAGCGGUGUCCGAAGCCCCGACGGAGGUGGCGGAAGAAGCUACAAUCGCGGACGUCGCGCCCCUGCCGACGUCGGAGCCCAAGUCCGAGGAAGAUAUCACCCUGGUGAGUGACCUGCCCACUAGUGAGAACAUGGAUGUUGAAGUUUUUAAUGGAGCAACAGUUACUAGUGAUCUCAAUUUGCCAGUAGAAAUCAUAUUUGAUUCUCCGAGUGAAUCUAAAACCGUAACUGACAGUUCAAAAGAUGCAGCAAAUUCUGAGUCGACAGAAUCAGAAAAUGUAAUGGAACCAGUUUUUAUACCACAACUGACAGCACCUGAAGCAGUACAAAAUAUUGUUCACAGUGAUGAAGCUCCCGAUUUUAUAGUUAUUCAAGAGGCUGAAAUUUCACCAGCUCAAAUAGUUACUGAAGAUAUUUCAACUCCACCCAUUUCACCUGAAAUAGUACAAACUAAUGAUAAUGAAAAACCUAUUGAUGAUUUAAAAAUUCAAUCCUCAGAUGCUUCUAAGGAAGAAGCGAUAGUAUUACCAAGAUCUGAACAAACAGAAAUACGUAAAGAUAUGAUAACAGAGCAAUCCAAUGAUAGCACUGUUUACAUGGAUCUCAUAAAUGCGACAAACGAAACUGUUAAAGAGAAAACCAUCGAUGAUAAUAUGAAAGAGCUUAUCAAAUCGUGCAUCGAAAAGUCGAUAGCUGAUAGUACUUCGUGUAUCGAUAACUCUGUAGCUGAUAGUACUUGCGCUUUGGUGAAAAAUGAAUCAACAGUAUACAUGGAUUUGCCCAGUAUGAUAAAGGAGACAGAUAAUUUCCUACAGUCUGAAAGGGUUGUUGGCAGGCAGAAUGUACCACCAUUCGCAGAUAUGUGUUCCAGUACUCCAAUACAGUCUGAAAAGAUAGUCGGCAGUCAGAAUGUACCAUACGCAGACAUGUGUUCUAGUACUCCAAUAGCCAGUGACCAAUCUACUGAUGAUACCCUAGAGAACUCUGUCAAAGCGGUCGAGAAUGAGUUAUUAUCUGAAACUAAAGUGCCCGAAGUUCCCGAUUACGGACCGGGAGUUACUCUUACUAAACUGGAGCAAAGAUGUGUCCCAGAAUCUAUGAGCCCCUUCGAAUCGCCGACAAAAAGCCAUCACACGGAUACAUACGAUGAAAAUAGCUCAGUCGUUCUGGGCCCAUUCGAGAAUUGCACUCUCGAAAUAUUCAAAGGAGCAAAAUCCAUCGACCCAGUCGAUUUGCCAAGGGAGGAGCUUUUGGCCUUCUCGUCCAACUUUAGCGAGAUGAAUCUCGAAACGCCGUCUCCUCUGCGCGACGUCAACUUCCUAAACGAAGUUCCUGACAUCCUCCACGACGAUAUUCAAUUCGACGAUCUAGAAUUAUUAAGCGAGCCCAUCGAUAAGUCUGAGCCCCAGUCGUCCAACGAGACAGAUCCGCAGUCGGCGACAGAGAAACGGGUGUCUCCUCUGACGCCGCCCAAUUCGCCCGGGACUUUUUUGGCGUCGACGUCCCAGCAAAAAUACGUGGUAGACAUCGACUUAGAUCCACCGAUGGGGCCGUCGAACAUGGAGUUGGAUACGGGGUUGCCAAAGGAGGUAGAUUUGAAUCAGAUCGAGUUGCAGAUAACCACUAAGUUGGCGAUGGCCGAGAACGAAAACAAUUUGAACAUCGAGUACUCGGGGCCGUUAGUCGUGGAAGGCGUGGCGCCUGAUGACAUGAUGUUGCACGACGAGACUGACGCAGUGCAAGAGUCGUACUUAGCGGGCAACGGCGGGUCGUCGCCGCGCACCGUCGAGCUCGACGAGGAGUGCGUCAAAGCGCUGAGGAACGAACUGGAAUUGAAGCUGCCACUUGCACAGGUGGCAAACAUCGAACCGGCGUGCCCCGCUGAGUGGAGCGGCUCGCUGCCGCCGCCGCCCGAGCUGGUGCUGAGCUACCCGGGCGCGCUCAGCCCCAUCGCCGAGGAGACGCGCCAGCAGCUGUCGGCCUACGAGAGCGACGCGCACUGGAACAACUCGACGCGCACAGAUUCAUCAGAAAGCUACCCUGAGCCGUGUAACAACUCCACUGACGAAGUGACCGACCUGCCCACCGGCAUGCCCAGUGCCCUCGACCACUCCACCUAUACUGUGCACUCGCGCGAACGCUCGCCAGAUCACUCGCCAGACCGCUCGCGCGGCCACUCGCCCGACCGGACCUACACCGUGCAGAAGGAUGCCACGACUAGUCGAGAUAUCACAAUGAGCGCCGACAGCUUGAACGCCAGCCCUUACAAGAAACCAGCUCACGAAUCACCGAUCGACGAUAGAACGUACAACAAGAACGAGGAAGAAAAAGAGUCGCGUUGCGAGAGGAUAUCCCAAGUGUCGCCCUUCAUACUAAGCCCCACCACCGACUCGUCGGCACCAGAGAAUUCGGACUAUGUUGACAACGCCACCGGGAUAUCCAACCUGUCGAAAACCACUGUCCCUACCGAUGCCAAAUCUUCCAAACCCUCGGAAACGCAGUGCCUCUCCAAAGCCACCAGCAUCGACUCCUGGUGCUCCAACGACACACUUUACAACGUCGAAGAAAACUUCGACGAUCUCGCCAUGGAUCCCGACCUUCCCGUCGACUUCGAACUGCAGAAGGAAGAUGAAAACAGCGAAAGUAGCGACACACUCACCCAUAACGACGAGGAUAAAGAACUCAGCCACUGCUCCACGUACAUCGUACACGACAGCAAGUCCGAGCCCUGCGAAACUUUCUCACCAGACUCGAUCACCGCUAACGACAACUACACCUAUACGAAAGCGCGCACCGACGCCGCGCCCACCGCCACUCCCUCCGUCAACACCAAAUCAGAAGUCGACUCCGCCAAGAACACACAAACCAAAGACCUCGCGUACGGAACUCUCAUGUCUGGACUCCCGUCGUACUCCAAUUGCACGACCGAAGUGGCCUCCGGCUUCGAUGACGUCUGGAAGCUUUCCCAGCCUGAGAUGGUGCGGAGGUCGCCCGUUAUGGAUGAAAUCAACAUCACUCCCCCGAAAUUCCCCGAGGAAAAGGAACCUGUGGUCCCCGACAGCCCUCAGCUGCCGGCCCAGCCGUGCCUCAAGAAGAUGGACAGCGUCGAGAUAUCCUGCCUCCACGACAACUUGAUCGACACCCAAAUCAAAAUCGAGAGCCCCGAAAGUCGAAACCUAGUUGAAAUUAGCGACAGCCCGAACUACCAGUACAAAAGCAUGGAGCCGUCGGUCACCAGCACGCCUCUGACGGAACCGGCCGAGGGCGAAAAUGUGGAGGCCAUACCGAUGCAGCUUCCCGACAGCACCAGGACGCCCGAAUUGCUAAAUAAUAUACCUAAUUUCCAAACCUUCCUCCAGUCGGCUGAAGUGCGCCCGCAGGAUAUAUCGCCGAGCGACGCCGCCAGCAACCAGGACACCGAAAUACUGUUGGAGGGAGAUAGCAAAACGCUGAGCAGGAUCAGCAACCGAGACAGCCUCGCAAUCACCGAUCGCACGCCGAACUAUUCCGAUUUCGAGAAUUCGGCGAUAUCGAAACCCCAGGACGUGAAUUCGAGGGACAAAUCUAGUCAGAGCCUCGAACUCGGUACCACCGUCAACUCGGAGGACUUCCGGAACUUCGAAAGCUCGGUGCGGAGCCGCCCGCAGGACCUGUCCUCUGUGAUUGACGCCAGUUCCUUGCUUUUGAACAGCGAGAGAAGGUUCAGCGAUUUGGUGAUAACCAACUCCACCGGCAACGUAGACUCGGAACAGACUAGUCAGUCGGGGAGCCGCGUGAACGAUAUCGAUCCGAUAAAAUCUCUAGAUGUAAGUCCGCCUAAUGUUACGAAUUUAAUAGAAUCUCAUGAAGUAGGUAAUGUCGGAACGCCGAGUAAUUUUUAUUUAGAUAUGGAAGCGGAGGAUGAUACCGAGCAGCCUCACUCGAUCAUCAUCACCGAGCGGGACGUGCUCAAGGAGAGCCCCAACCGCACGUACGACUCGCACGAGGCGCCCUUAGAUCUGAACCGCACCUACGACUCUCACGAGAGCCGAAGUCAGCAAAUGCCUGAAAACGACAGCCAUCAUCACCGAGUCAACGGAAUUGACAAGAACGAUGAUGUCAUCGAAUGUGAUAAGAAAUCGCCCAAAGUUGAAGAUCUGCUCAAACAGAUCGAACCGAAGUCACCUAAGGAGGAAAUUAGAGAAAGUUUAACAGUUUUGCCUUCAGUCGUAAUUGAAGACUCGUCGAACAAAUCUGGCAGCAGCCCAGUAGUAAUAAAUGAAGAGAUCAAAUGCAACGGCAACAGCGAGAAGUUUGCUACCGUCCAGUUCUUGCACGAGACAUUCGAGGAGCUGAUCGAGAGUAACGUGGACGAUGGGGACUGUAAAGAUUUCAAAUCUGACGAUUUUACUGAAGAUUCACCUAGUCAAAACUCUGAAGGUAAAUCGGCGGAGAGCACUGAGCCCAUCUGCAGUCCGGCCAAAGUCCACGAUACAUCUAAAGAGAAGAGUCCUCAAAAUGAGGUCGAUGUUGAGGAGACGGAAGAGGUGAAGACGAACGGCGUGCAAGAAGUGGAAGAAAUGACAUCGGUCACGGAGAAUUUCUUGCAGAACGAAAAGAAAUUCUGCCAGCUGGACGCUUAUUUUCCUUUGCUGAGUGAUAUUAGAUUUACUGGUCCCGCAGCCGAAAUAAUGAGCACGUCGUUCUCUCAAGACUCGCCGUCGUCUCCUGCGUCGCCCGCUCGCGACCCGACGCGGCCCGACGCGGCCGACCUGCUGAAAGAGUGGGACAGCGAUAGCGACACGCACUCUACCAACUCUUCUAGCGGAGAGUUCAUUUGGAAGGACGGCGACGGCCACGAGACCCCGCUCGUUCCCUCCACGCACUUCGACCAUCAACGUGGCGGCAGCGGGCAGCCGAACGGCGGUGAAGGCAACUCCCACGCAGACAGAGGCGAGGGCAGCGGAGGGUCGGAGGGAUCGGGGGACUCCGGCUCGGGCUCGGAAGGCGAUGAGGUGGAAUUCGUGCCUUCCUCGUGGGACUGCCGAGCCGCACCCUCUAAGUCUUCAUUGAGGAGUCUUGAGCAGGCCACACCGGACAACAAGAAGCGCGUGGUGUUCAAGCGGCAGAAGUACCACUGUGUGUACGAGUACCCGCGUGAAGCGCCCGACGCGCACUCGCCUGCUGCAUACGUGCCAGACCUCUCCACAUAUACGGACUGGGACCCGAGCAGCGCCGAGGAGGCGGAGCUGGGCUACGGGCAGCUGUUCGGCGCGCCCAACCCGCUCGACAUGUAUCCGCUGCGCUCCAGUAUCGCUUUCGAUUACGACGAGGACUUCUUCAUAUCGUCCUCCACGCGGCCGUUCGAGAGCCUCGGCAUCAUGUCCACCACCAGCCAGUUCUUCCCCGGCAUGCACGCUAAGGCCGCGCUCGAGCGCCGCGCGCCGUCCGACCUGCCGCCGCCGUCCGUCCUCCACCACGCCACGCCGUCCCUCGACUUCACCACGCCCGACUCCGGCGUCGAGGAUAUAACCCCAGGUUCCCUCGCCGACGACGACUUCAAGAAGCCGCCGCUCUCGCCAGCGCCCGCGCCGCCCGCCUGCUGGCCCGCCAGCGACAGCGCCAGCUCCAGCGAGUCCGUCAGCCCCAGCUCGCCCGGCGCGCUCGGCGGCCUGCGCCACACGCGCGCCACGCUCAAGCUCGACCUGCCGCCCUCGCCGCGGUUGCCCUCGCCGCGCCACGCGCGCGCCUUCAGCUUCGUGCUCGACCCGCCCAAGCCUCGCGCCGACCCCGCCUCGGCUCCCGCGCCGCUCGUCAUGACCGACGACACGCCCGUCGUCGCCACCGCGCUCCCGAUCCCGCGCGACGACGCCGAGCUUCCUCUCCCGAUUCCGGAGCCGACGUUCUCGACCUUCGGCAAGAGCGUGCCGAAGCCCGAGCCCGAGCCGAAGGCCAUCAUCCUCACGGACGAAGUGCCCGACGCCGCGCCCGCGCCCGCCGACAGCCCGCGCGCGCUCGAGCCCGUCAAGGGCGAGGGCACCGUGCUCGACUCCGGCGACGAGGACUCCGGCAUCGAGAGCAGCUCCAAGGCGACCCUCGAGCGCAACAAGACCACGCCCAACGUCUCGUAACGGAGUCUUUCGCCACUCGAACGGCAGUAGUUUCCGACUUCCACUCGCUAGGAGUGCGCGUCAGGAAAGCUCGGGCACCCCGACGCCGUCAGGAUAGCCCCCCAUAGUAUUACCGACGUCGUCGUUUAAUUUACGUUUAAGUUUCCGAACGCCCGCGUCUUUGAUAUACAUAUCGGAUAAAUGCGCGUCUCGAGAGCGCAAUCGUAAAACCCUCCUCGUCGUUGCGUUAGUCGACUUAAUAGUUUCCUUAGAUCUCAUUCUGCAGGGUGACCAGCACGAAUUUUCUUACCCGUCGUCUGGCUAGAUAAUAUCGAGUGUGAGUCCACCACCGAUUACAAAAUACGUAAACUGCAAAUGACCGGUUUUUCGAAGGUUAAUUGCUUAGCGAUAGAAUUAAAGAUAAAAUAAUUUCACCAGUGUUCACGGUGACCACAAGGUACAAAUCGUCGCGAGCCUAUACAAGAUUAGGUGUGUCGCUUUCGUUGCCACUAUUAUACGGACUAAGUGCUUUGAUACAUUUACACUCCGGCUAGGAGAUAACUCUCUAAUUUUAAUAUUCGGCAGUGUCGUCAUGAAUCCCUCUCGCCGCCGGAUGGCGGUCGGCUCGCAGCCGCGUAUCAAUGCAACGCUCGUGGCGCCACUGCCGCGGGAUGGCCUAUCCACUCGUGCCACUGUGACCGCCCAACAUAUGCUAGAAUUUUAAUACGUUAACUUUUUACUCUAAUUUCGUAAUGUCGUAGUGGAUUAGAAUAUACUCUCGCGCUCGCACACGCGGCUCCGCGCGCGACGCUUGUAUGUGACUGUCGACGCGAGGAGCGUGUGUUCGAUCGUAACUAAAUUCGAUGUCUAAAUUAUGUUAUUUAAAUUUUAUAACUAGUUCUACGCACAAGUGAGUAUGCAUCUUCCAUCUUUUGAACCUCGAGGUAUAUAAAACUAUCAAAAAUGAAAUGUUUCGGUCUAUAAACGUUUGAGGUUAAAAAGCCAAUUCUUAGUUAAGUAAAAGUUUAUAUUAGAUAAGUGUAGAAUUAGAUGUAUCGAGAUGUGGUGACAGUCGACAUUGCGUAUAUGUCCAGUCGGCGACAGUAAAACAUGUUUCGAAAAUUAUUUACAAUCUUCAUCAAAUAAAUCUAAUUCGGAAGUGAUAUCUUAUUCCCGUACCUUCCCUCUCUGCUUGCACUGUGCCCGGAUGCGUUACUGUCGCCGCCUGCACUCCUGAGUAUGUGCCACUAAUUACGUCAUCAAUGUAGUAUGCAAUACGUCCAAGUGUGAACCUAAUGUGCAAUUCUUCUCAUUUCCAUAUCAUUGCGUUUUAGUUGUUUAGUUACUGCUGUAAAUAUAAUUUAAUGUUAUUGAAGAGGAAAUUUUGAAUAUGAAAAUUUAUUGAUUGUAUUGAUUACUACAUGUUUAUUGUUCUGAGCAUUAUUUUUUACAGUUUUAGAAAGUUUUCGUUGAUGUACAGUUGUAAAUAGGUGAUAGAUGUUCAUUUUGUUAUGUAGGAGCGCCUCGCGCCCGCGGUCUGGCGGCACCAACCGUCGUCGGACGCCCAAUUCCCGCGCAUGUAAUGGUCUCAUCGAUUAUGAUAAUGUAUUAUUUUGAAGUUACUUUUUGAUUGGGAUUUUUCCAACUUAACAGAUUCGUUGCUUACUAUUUACAAAAAAGGGAAUUAAUGAAUUUGUCCAAUAAUUAUUAUGAUAUUUAUUGUUCGUAAGUUGUUAUUGAUUUGUAUGAGCUGUCAGCAGUAUUUAGUGAAUGUGAACGCAUCUGAAGUCAUUUCAUAUUGUGACUUUGUCGAGUCUUUUAAAGUAUUUCUAUGAAAAAAUAAAAUAAUGAAUAAAACUUAUGACUCCAA